AGUGACUGGUAGGAAAGAUGCAGUAAAGCACAAGAGAUGCAGACUCUCCAUGUCGGGGACUUUAGCAGGAGAGACUCAUAAGCGUUUAUAUCUAGUGUCGCGACAGUAAGUUAGGCCGGCUGCUGCCGUGUGGACAUUUACACUUUAUAUGCCCACAGCUGGUGUCGGUGUUACAGGCUUUACAGGAUCAUUAGCUAAGUGUUACCGCUUGUAGGGAAAAUAAAACAAUGUUUCCAAUGAAGGAAACAGGAAAUGUGUGUCCCCGUGAUAGUUGUGCUGUGGUUGCGGCAGUGUGAGCCGACACUUGUGCUAUCGGUCGGUCGGACGGACCUCCCUCUUUCUACUGCUGCCUCAGUAGGCUGUCCUGUCCGUCCGGAGGAACACCAGCCUGGCUGCGACGAGGGCGGAGCUGGCGAGGCUGUCACAAAGAUAUGUUUCAUUUAAAAAACUAGCCACUACGCUAACUACUGUCAGAAUCUACACGGCUUUCUUUGGGUUUAACCGCGACGACAAAGCGCUCGUUCAGCCGACUCGAGGAGAAGCAGGAUGCCGGUGAAAGGCGGAGGAAGACUGGCCUCUCACCCGAGCAAGAGCGAAAAUGUCGGAAGCUCAGGCAUGGAAGAGAUGGUGUGGGAGCAGUACUCAGUCACUCUGCAGCGGGACUCUAAGAUGGGUUUCGGCAUUGCUGUGUCAGGUGGGCGUGACAACCCCAACGUGGACAAUGGUGAGACGUCGAUCAUCGUGUCAGACGUGCUGCAGGGAGGCCCAGCUGAUGGAUUACUCUUUGAGAAUGAUCGUGUCAUUCAGGUCAACUCCAUCCCCAUGGACAACGUGCCUCAUUCCUUUGCUGUGCAGUCCCUCCGUAAAUGUGGUAAAGUGGCUAAAAUAACGGUGAAGAGACCUCGUAAGGUGGCGCUCCACUCACUGAAGCCGCCCCCCUCCCCAGGCGGAGACAGUCGUGAAUACACCCCCUCCACCCACUACUACGACGCCGACAAUGACAAUGGCUGGUACCGUGACGAAGGCCGCGACCACAUCUCGGACAGCAAAGCAUACCUGGACCCCGAGUACAGGGGAGGGCGCGACACCAACCAGAGAGGGAGGAGCCGCGGGAGGAGCCAGGAGAGAAGCUCGCCCAGCCCGGAAAGAUCCAGGAGGGAGGGCAGCCGGGGGCGAGCCCUGGACACCAGCGCCGACCGCCAGAGGUACCACAGCCGAGGCCGCAGCCCCGGGGAAAGCUACGGCAUGGAGGACAAGUACGAGCGAGGAGAAGAAGGAGGAGGAAGAGGAGGGAGGUAUAGGAGCAGGGACCAGCUGAACGACAACCCUCCAUCCCCAGAAGCUUCCAGAGAGCUGGAGCCUCUGGACAAACCGGUCAACGUCCUGCUGGUGAAGAACAGAGCCAGCGAAGAGUACGGUCUACGUCUGGGGAGUCAGAUCUUCAUCAAACAGAUGACCAGCACAGGCCUGGCUGCUAAGGACGGGAACCUGCAGGAGGGAGACAUCAUCCUCAAGAUCAAUGGGACAGUCACAGAGAACCUCUCGCUGCAUGAUGCUGGGAAGCUGAUAGAGAAGUCGAGGGGGAAGCUGCAGCUGGUGGUGCAGAGAGACAGCCGUCAGAUCCUCGUCCGCAUCCCCCCCCUCGCAGACUCUGACUCUGAUAAUGACGACAUAUCAGAGAUGGAGUCAUACCAUUCCUACUCUCCCCCAGAGGAGAGGAGGUCCCGCCAGUCUGACCUGUCCUCCCACUCUUCUAAUGAAAGAGACAACCCCAGGGAAGAACCCAUGAAGACAGCCAAGAUGUCAGCCAUGGCGUCCCCCUUCAGAGUACCUGAAGACCCCCAGGCCUCAGCUGAGUUGAACAAAGACACAGCGCACAUUGAGGAGCCUCCAGUUGCUGUGACAACCACGCCCAAGAUUCUCCUCCGACCAAGUCCAGAAGAUGAAAAAAUAUAUGGGCCCAACACGGUGAUGGUGAAUUUCCAGAAGGGAGACAGUGUUGGGCUGAGGCUGGCAGGAGGAAACGAUGUUGGCAUCUUCAUUGCUAGUGUUCAAGAGGGCAGUCCUGCGGAGGAGGAGGGCCUGCACAUCGGGGACCAAAUCCUAAAGGUGAACAAUGUGGAUUUUCAAGGUGUAGUGAGAGAGGAGGCAGUGCUCUUCCUGUUGGAGAUUCCUAAAGGCGAGGUGAUCACCAUCCUGGCACAGAGCAAACCUGACGUCUAUAAUGAUAUCUUGGUGUCGGGGCGUGGAGACUCCUUCUUCAUCCGGACCCACUUUGAGUAUGAGAAGGAGACUCCUCAGAGCCUGGCCUUCAGCCGGGGGGACAUCUUCAAGGUGGUGGACACCCUCUAUGACGGCAAGCUUGGCAACUGGCUGGCAAUCCGUGUUGGCAAGGACAAGCAGCUGCUGGAGAAGGGCAUCAUCCCCAACAAGAGCAGAGCGGAGCAGAUGGCCAGUGUGCAGAGCUCUCAUAAAGCUGUUGCGGGCGAUCGAGCGGACUUCUGGCGUUUGCGAGGUCAGCGUUCUGUGAAGAGGAAGGACUUGAGGAAGAGCAGAGAAAACCUGAGCGGUCAGACCCUGGCCACUCGGUUCCCUGCGUACGAACGAGUGGUGCUCCGAGAAGCUGGUUUCAGGCGUCCUGUGGUUCUGUUCGGCCCCAUCGCUGACGCCGCCAAUGAGAAGCUGGCCUCUGAGAUGCCCGACCUGUUUGUCGUUGCCAAAACCGAGCCCAAAGACGCCGGAUCUGAGAAGUCCUCUGGAGUGGUUCGCCUGAACACCAUCCGACAAAUCAUUGAGCAGGACAAGCACGCCCUGCUGGAUGUGACACCCAAGGCAGUGGACACCCUGAACUACACCCAGUGGUACCCCAUUGUCAUCUUCUUCAACCCAGACAACAAGCAUGGCAUCAAGGCCAUGAGACAGAGGAUCGUCCCGAACUCCAACCGCAGCGCCCGCAAACUCUACGAACAGGCCGUCAAACUGAGGAAGACCUGCUCUCACUUAUUCACUGCCACCGUUGAUCUGAACUCUGCCAACGACGCCUGGUACGGCAGCGUCAAAGACUCUAUCAGAGAGCAGCAGAUGCAGGCUGUGUGGGUUUCUGACGGCAAGCUGGAGGGAGUAGAGAGUGAUCUGGACUGCCAGGACGUGGAGCGUCUGUCCUUCCUGUCCGCCAUGUCCGCAGACUACCUCAGCAUGGACAGCCGGCUGACCUCUGACCUCGAAGACACAGCCGACGAGGGUGGGGCCUACACCGACAACGAGCCCGAUGUGGAGAUGAUGCACAUCUCCGCCAUCAGCCGCUCCUCUGAACCCGUCACAGCUGAGGAGAUCUUGCGCAGGUACAGUCCAGACAUCAGGAGUCGCAUGAGGAAAGUCAGCAGCCGUGAAGUCCUCACCAGGUCCAGCCCUCCACCUGUCUUCUCACCAGACAGCAAGGUGAAACUGCCUCUGAGGGACGAUGCGGUCCUCGUAUCAGGCUCAACCAACCCACACCAUCACCACCGUCAACAUCACCCUCCACCCCCCAGCUCCAGCCGAAGCUACGAUUCUCCCUCCAGCAGCAGUCCCGCCAGCAGCAACAAUGACCCUCCACCACUCAUCUCCCGUUCAGCUGCCUCCUCCGGCCCGCUGCCCCUGCCUCCGACUCACCGCUUCAACUCCUGCAGCAAACUGUGGCCCCAGGGUGCGCGCCAACCCCCAAGCACAGCAGAGGCUACAGUCCACUCACCCAUGGCUCUGCCCAGUGCACCCGUGGCAGCCUGUAGGCAGCAGGAGGAGGCAGCGAAGGACAGCCCUGUGGAGGAUCCGUCCCUAAGGUCCUUCCUGGGGAAGAUCAAGGCCUUCGAGAAGAUGGAUCACUUCGCCCGAGCCCACAGGAUGUUGGAACUGCAGGAGGCUCAUAAUGCCAGGUUGGAAAUUGCUCAGAAGCACCCAGACAUCUAUGCUGUUCCUCUGAAGACAGCCAAGCUGGAUCACAGUCGCCCUCAGCCUAUCGGCUCCAGCUCCCGUCCUGAACCCCAGAUACAUACGUCCUUCAAGGAGGGACGUCCCUUCUACACCCCCGACGUAAAGGCGGAGGAGGAGGCAGCGCCAGAAUACUACACCGCCAACUCCUUCCAGUACCAGGACACCCAACUGUAGGGUCAGCACACAGCUGUGCCAGCCCUCAGCGUCCAGGACACACAUGUACACAUGCACUACAUAUAUGCAGUCUAUUUACACACAUGCCAUUCCAUCAUGCCCUGCACAAGUAAGCUGCUGACUCUGAACUGACUCUCGCUUCUUUGAUAUUAAGAGAAAAGAAACGUUUUGUGUUUUGUUUCAUGGAAGUUCAAGCAAUCCGUUGUGGAUAGGAACACUGUCUUCACUUUACUUUUUAUGUUGAUUUGAUCGUUUCUUUCUUACGUACCACUAUCAAUGGUCAGAACUGAUCAGGAACCAGUUGUUUUCUUGCCUAUGCAACUCCUCAGUUUGUGCACAGCAACUGAAACUUAUUGCCACGAGUUUUGCCCUCACAAAAACCUCAACACACCCACAAUGCGCUUUAUCACGUCUACCCUCUUCUUUUUAAGCUCCUAUUAUUGCCAGCUACGAUCAAUAAAUCUUACCUAUAUAUUAUGAUAUACAGUACAACAUAUAUGUAUAUAUAUAUAUAUAUAUAUUCACAGUAUAUAUAUGUAUUUAAAGUCAAGUGUUUAUACUGUGUCUUUGCAUUCCUUCGUAUAUGACAAUGCCUGUGUAUACAUACAGUAUAUAUCUAUAUAGUCUAUCUAGUAACACUGGAAUUUGUUACAAUUUUUUGAAGUGCCUUUUACUUUCUUAGUCCCAUGAGGUUCGGGUUGUCUCUCCUCCGCCCCUCAGCCACCCAGCCGUACUAAAACCUCUGCUGCUGUCAAGCUUAAAGGGGAACCAGGGAACCAGUGACACCAAAAUCUCAAUGCUGUCCCCAUACACCAUACACUGUACUGUCUGCUGUCACCUCCAGUGGCAAAGCACACUCACAGAAAUACAGUACACUCCCUGCAGCCAGUCCUAUCUGCCAUGUGUCAGAGAGAGCAAACACUGUCUGAUCUCUGGAAUCCAAUCGCAAACAAUAUCAGGCCAGCACCAGUUGAGAUCAUUAGAGUUGCUCAAACUUGUAAUCUGUAAAAGGCCCGGUCACUCCAGCAUUAAAACAGAAAUCUAAAAAAUUUACAAAUCAAAUCUGCAAAAUCAGUGGAGGAGAAAUAAAUCUGCACAAUUAUUUUGCAUCAAGUUCAAUGUUGGUCAUUAACCAGUAAUGAAUUGUGUGGCCAAAACAAAAGAAGCUGUCAAAGCUUAUUAGCUGGGCUGCGCUUUUAUACAACCUCCUCUGUCAGAGUGAGGAUUUGAUAUAGGCCGAUUUAUGAGGUAAAAAUCGGUACAAAAAUAUGUCACAGAAUAUUUCGUUUUGUUGCAGCACCACAGUUAGCCACUUGGGCAAAUUGGCAGCUCUCUAAUACUUCCAUGAGUUAGCUCGCCAGCUACAGUAGUUUGGUAAAUAGCUACUGCAUUAGCAAGCUGCUAGCAACACAAAUUCUACUCGGACAUGCAUUGAAUUGUGCUGAGCCACUUUCUGCUGUGACUGGGCCUUAACAUGUAUGUGUUCUGAUUGUGUUUGGUGCUCAGCAUUCAUUGCUGUGCUGUUUUUGUACCUCCCAGACAAAAUAGAUUUGCCAGUGUUAUCUGUGUGGCCAUUAGCGUGAUGUCUUCUGCCUUGGAAUGUUCUGUUGGUUCAGCCAUGGUGGUAAUCACUGCCUAUGCUAACAACCCUGUUAAAUGAUAAGGUUGGUGACAUUCUAUAUUUUUCUUAUUGACAACAAAUCCCAAACCAACAAUGAAUGUAUCUACUAACAAGUGUAUCCAACACCGGAUACUGUAUAUGUUAUUCCUCUGUGCCAUAGAGCUACAUUGUAGUCCAACAACUAUCAGAGAGUAGACUAGAGGACCAAAUGUGGAUUAAUCCGCUGCUGGAAAUACUGUAGUCCCAAAGAAAUGCACUAUUUCCUCUUGUUUGAGUAAUGUUUGUAAAAACUACAGUAUUCAGCUGUUAUAGGAAAUUAUACAACCUUUUAUUUAUAAAUUAAACUAUAUAUUUGUGAGCCUUUUAAAAAUAUAUAUUUAUGUCUUCAGUAGGAACCAGAAAGUAUUGAGAGAUGGACUAGGGCAGUGUUGAUGUGGGUCUUUAUGUGACAAGAAGAAGAAUGUGGAAUAACACCAGCCUUAUUUGUCAAAGCUGAGUCUCGUGUGAGCUACCAUGAAGCCUGAACAAGAGGUGUGGCUGUCCAGGCCUCCUCAGCUCGGCUGCAGCCUUGUUUGAAGGACUCCUUUGUGGGCUCUGUCCUUCCAACGUGGGGAAGGCUCUGAAUUGAGACACAUCUUCUUUUAUUAUUCCAAACAAACCGCAUACAUUAAACUUCCUGUAUGCCAGCAGACAUUUCCCUACACAAGCCUACCAGAAAAGGAGAACAGCAAAAACAAGAUCUUUAAUAAGCUGGCUGUAUCAUUUCAGUCGUUCCCAGAGUGCAGCCAAACAAAUUUACAAAUGUAUGCACCCAGAAGGAGUGCAGCUCUGGAGCCUCAGCAGGCUGUGUGUUCUGCCCUGGUCUUGUGUCCUGGUGGAGUCAGUUGAAUUUGGUCUGGGCUCCACCAUCAGUGUGAAUGAAUGGUGUCCCACAUGUUUCAAAUAUGUUUGAUUGUAUAUCUCAGUUCACUCUUUACCUCCACACAUGAGCUACAAAGUGCUCACCCUCAGAAUCCAAGUGCUAAUGAGUGACGUCCCUCACAAGGGACUGGCAUUGAACUCAUGGAGUAUACUGUAAUGUGUCAUGGCAGAGGGUUAUAUUACAAAUGAGACGGAGAGAAUGAGAAGAAUGAUUGGACUGUGUCUGCUGAGUUUUUCCAUGUUUUCACCUUAAAACACCAAAUAAAACAAAAAGUCUUAACCACG